GCAUUAAAUGGGCGGAAGCUUAUGAGAUUGAGCAUCUGGACAGCAGCAUUGGUUUAAACUGCAGCUCUUAUAUCUGCUCACAUAGUUAUUUAAUUACACAAUGGAAACGAAAAAGAUUGUUAACUUUGCUCCGGGACCGGCAAAACUUCCUGAAGCUGUUUUGAUCCAGGCCCAGAAGGAACUGGUGGAUUACAAUGGGCUUGGGAUUAGUGUCCUCGAAAUGAACCACCUGACAACAGAUUUUAACCAGAUCAUCACCUCAGCUGAGUCUCUCCUUCGUGAACUUCUAAAUGUACCAGAAAACUACAAGGUUUUGUUUAUGCAAGGUGGUGGAACAGGUCAGUUCAGUGCUGUUGCUCUGAAUCUGAUCGGUCUGAAGGAAGACAGAUGCGCUGACUAUAUCAUAACAGGAAACUGGUCUGCGAGCUCUGCCAAAGAAGCCGAGAAGUACGGCAAAGUGAACGUGGUGAAUCCAAAAGCGGACCGAUACACCGGGAUCCCUGACAGCAGCAGCUGGUCACUGAACCCUUCAGCAUCCUACGUCUACUUCUGCUCCAAUGAAACGGUCUAUGGUAUAGAGUUUAACUUCGUCCCUGACACCAAGGACGUGAUUCUCGUCAGUGACAUGUCGUCCAAUUUCCUCUCGCGACCAGUAGAUGUAUCAAAGUUUGGGCUUAUAUUUGCAGGUGCGCAUAAGAAUGUGGGAUUUGCAGGAGUCACUAUUGUGAUCGUGAGAGAGGAUCUGCUGGGAAAAGCUUUAAAGGAAUGUCCGACCAUCCUCGAUUAUAACGUGCAAGCAAAAAAUAAUUCUCUUCACAACACGCCACCGACCUACAACAUCUACAUUGUGAAACUGGUUCUGGAGUGGCUCAAGAAUAACGGCGGCAUAGACGUCAUGUACCGACUGAACAAGCAGAAAUCCUCGAUGAUCUAUGACAUCAUCGAUAACUCCAAUGGAUUUUACUUAUCCCCCAUCGACGUAUCAUGCCGGAGUCUCAUGAACAUCCCGUUCCAUAUCGGAAACUUGGAAGGAGACGAAGCCCUGGAACGACAGUUUCUGGAAGGUGCUUCCAAACUAGGGAUGAUCUCUUUAAAGGGACACAGGUUGGUUGGUGGGAUAAGAGCUUCUCUGUACAAUGCAGUGACUGUGGAAGAAACUCAAGCUCUUGCCACCUACAUGAAGGAGUUUCUAAACAAGCAUCAGCCGAUUAAAAUGGAUCACUAAACUACACGUUCUAUUUCUGACAAGCCUUAAUCGCAACUAACGUAACUUGUUUUUUGUAAUAAUGUGAUAAAUGAAUAGAGGUCACUUGUCUUUAUGUCUUUAUAGAAGGGCAUUCAUGUCUAAUAGAAUUAAAUAAUAUGUUAUUGAAUCUUUAAUUAAUACUUAUAACACUUAUUAAUACUUAUUAGUUUUGCUAGUCACACUUCUCUGGUUAGAAACACGACAUAGAGUUAAAACUGUUUUGUCUAGACCAGGGGUCGGCAACCCGCGGCUCCGGAGCCGCAAGUGGCUCUUUCAUCCCUCUGCUGCGGCUCCCUGUAGAUUUGGAAAAUAAAUAUUUUAUUUAAAUUUAUUUUAUUUUAGUUUGUUAGUUUUUUGUUAGAUUAUGAUGCUCGUGUAACAUUAAAAUAAACCGUGUUUAAUGUAUUUGUUGCUCAAAAUAUGCGUCGUAACCGCCGACUCGCAAAAUCCGACACACAGAAGCAGACGCAUUUUUGGUUUGCUGCAGCCGGCAAGUUAAA